UCCUGUUUCUAUUGUCCCUAUCGCUUUUUCUUCCCUGGUUAGAAUUUGUUCUUGGUGGCUCUCCAACGCUGUCGCUCGGUUUCGCCGCAGUGCGCACUUUUAUCCUGGUAGGCUUUGGUACUGCUUGUGUACUUUUGGAUUCUCAAAGUCGCGUGACGCGUCACUCUUUACGUCUUGUCAUCAUUGUCUAGAAUCCCGAUCUCUUCUAUUGACUCAUUGUCGCCGGUUGGGCCGACUCUAGAAGAAAAGCCGCUUCUACCCAGCUUCCAUGGUCAACUGGAUAUGUCGAAUCUACCAGAGAGGCCAUGGAACGAGGAGGAGAAGUACACGCUACUUACCGAGAUCUUAAAGAAGGCCAGAGUUCCCUCGAGCCACUUAGUAAAAAUGAUCCGGGAUUUCGGUAUCACGCCAAGCUGGACGGACAUCCCCUUGCCUCAAGGUCGCUCACUCAACUCCUGCCAGAUGGCGUUCUACAACAUGUGUCAGCACGUGCCAUUAUCAUUAUCUGUCAAUCCCGGCCGUGGGCCGGUUCCUCCUCACGCCCACGAAUCUGCACCGCCAGCAACUGCACCCUUGGACCCCAGUGCUUUGCGUAAACGACCUCUGUUUCCUCUAGAUAAAGGGAUCCGCCCCCCUCGUGCAAUUCAGCCACGCCCUGCGACCAGUACUGCUUCUUACAGUAGCGAAAGUGGUGCCUCGACCCUUUUGUCUCCCAGCUCGGAGAGUAUCACUGUCAGAGGCGAACCUCCGCGGAAAAGAGGUCGCCCAAGCAAGGCUGAAUCAGAACGACGUAAGGCAGCUGCUGAGGCCCGCGGGGAAACCUAUCCUCCUCCGCGACGAUCCGGCUCAACCAAAGGGAAAUUGCCUUCUGCGCCAACUAGUCCUGCUGGCCUGGGGCCUGGAGCACCUUUAUUCGGUCCCCGGGUCGUUGGCAGGCCGCUGAAUUCGUCUCAAUCCGAAUUACACUACCCUGCACCACCGAGGCGGCCAUUAUCAUUGGGAGGAGCAAUCGGUGAAGCGCGAUUGCAAGAAAUGCCCAGUCAGGAAUUGGUACCUUCAAGGAGGGAAUUGCCGCGGCCCCCAGAAAUGAGACAAACUCUGCCUUCGCCACAAGCGCUACAAUUAGGACAUAGGGAAUCGAUUCAAAGACGAGAAACAGGCGAUCGGUCAUUCGAACCCCUUCUGCCUGAUAGGACAUCAUUCGUGGAGAGCAAUCGGAGGAAUCUAAUUCAUCCUCUCGCCAGGCGCCCGGAAGAAGCGCAUGGGACGGCUCCAGAAUUAUUGAUAGAGAGACCAGCAGAAACUCGAUCUGAAUAACGUACAAUUCCGGCAAAGAUGGAAAUCCCUUUCUUUUCUCAGAAAGUAUCGACUCACGAUUAAUGAUUCCAUGUCAAUCACAAAAGACA